AUAGCGACUCCAUUAUAAAUAAGAGAAUAUCAUUUCAGUUCAGUUUAAUCUAAAUAGAGAGAUUAUUUUUGAGACUUCAAUUCCAGACGAAAGAAGCAAAAUUCACUAACGAAGUAGAAGGAUCUCAAUUAUGGAGGACUCUCAAACUUCUCAAUCUGGGAACAAUGGGAAAUCUAAGCUUCUCCGUUAUGCGUUGCGAUCGGGGACUAAAACGAAGGAGGAGAGGCCUUCGAACUCUGAAAUUCCCAACUCCUCCACUAAGAGGAUGAGAGGUACAUCGAGUGUAAGCAAAAGUGCAAGUGUUCUUGAUCUCUCUGGCAAGGAAAAGUCUACUGCUAAGCCACCUAGAAGGCUUUCUAUUCCAGCCAAGUCUGCUGCAAGUCCAGCCCCAAGACUAGCGAGCAGCAUCACUCCAAUUUCAGAGGUUAGAAUGAAGAGGUCUGAAAGUCUUCAUAAGAAACCAGAAACACCAAUUUCGGUUUCCGACGUAACAAGAUUAACAAGCCGAAAGAAGUUCAGUGCUCUGUCCUCUGCCUCUUAUUGGCUUUCCCAGAUUAAACUCUCUGAAUCUUCCAAUAAACACUCAAUUUCGCUUGGGUUUUUCAAGCUAGCCUUGGAAGCAGGAUGUGAGCCUCUUCAACGAGUGAGAGAUGAGCUUACAUCCUAUUCACGCCGUCAUGACCUUGGUAGUGAACUUGGAGAGUCUUUGAAGGAAUUGUUUGAGAGCUAUAAUAUUGUAGAAAGCACAGCGCAGUUGCAGGUCUCUGAGUCCAUUUCUCAGGUACCUGAAGAAGGAAGCCGAUCCUCUGAUGAUGAAAUCCGGAGCACGUCUUCAAUUGUGAGUACCAGGAACCAGAAACUGAAACCGAAGGCGUUGAACACUGAUGCUGCUCAAGUAUCCCCAGUUGCAGGUCCAACCAAAAAGAACACUACUCAGAAAACUAAUCCCACAAGCAGAACCAGGGGAUCUGUGACAAAAGACUCGGCUAACUCGAGAUCUCUCACUGCCACUGGAGCCAAUAGUAAGCCCAUUAAGAAACCCCAGAAGCCAUCUAAGCAAGAAGUUAACAAAGAAAAGGAUAUGAUGAAGAAAAAGGGAAAGAAAUCUGCUGAUAAAGAAGGUUCGGUUAGCCCUACUCGCACAGAGAAUGCACUGCAAGAGAACAAAGAAAAUAUGGAGGCUGCAUCAGUGGAAGAGAUUAGUUUGAUUGAGGUCAUAUAAUCGUUCUGCUGCUAAAAUUUGGCCGGACAAGAUGAUUGUUACAAUUGAUGGGUUUGUCUUCAGUGUUUUUUUUAGUGGGGGCUUUUCCUAUGUAAAGAAAAGGAUUGUGUUGCAAGUGUUUCAGUCUGUGUAAGAAAAAAAAACACAUAACUGUUUUUUCUUUUUCUUUGGGGGAUUGGUUUAAAGUGGAUUGAUGUGUGUUUAGUAUUUACACUUGCCGAUUACAAGUUAAUGUAGUAAAACAUGAACUUACAUUACUAUUGUUUGGUUGAAAGUUGUGUAGUAUAAUCUUUGUUUGCACUAGGCUUAUGUAUAAGCUAAAAGAUAAAGGAACAUUAUUAUUCAAGCAAA